CCUGUCAUGUUUCCAACAUUUUCAUUUUGGUUAUCUCUUCUCUUUGCUUUCAACUUAGUCCAAAGCACAAUUACCUCUACAUUAGGAAACAUAACAGAUAACUCGGCAUUGCUCAAGUUCAAAGAAUCAAUAUCUAAUGACCCAUUUGAAAUCUUGAACUCUUGGAACACUUCAACUCACUACUGUAAUUGGGACGGAGUUACAUGUAGUCCCAAGCAUCAAAGAGUUAUAGAGUUAAACUUAGAAGGGUAUAAGUUGCGUGGAUCCAUAUCUCCCCAUGUUGGCAACCUCUCUUUUUUGAUAACUCUCAACCUUGCAAACAAUAGUUUCUUUGGAAAAAUCCCACAAGAACUUGGUCGGUUGUUCCGAUUACAGGAACUCUUAAUUACCAAUAGCCCCAUGACUGGGGAGAUUCCGAAUAACUUGACAAGCUGCACUGAUCUUGAAUUCUUGUUCUUAUCUGGAAAUCAUUUGACUGGUAAUAUACCAAAUGGAAUCAGUUCUCUUCAUAAGCUUGAGAUUUUGGACAUUUCAAAUAACAAGUUAAACGGAAGAAUUCCACCUUUCAUAGGAAAUUUUUCAUCCCUAGAAACUCUUGCAAUGGAUAUGAAUAACUUAGAGGGAGAUAUUCCACCGGAAAUUUGUGGCCUCAAAAACUUGACAAUAUUGGGAAUGCUUGACAAUAGACUAUAUGGUACGUUUCCUUCUUGUCUUUAUAAUAUGUCAUCUCUUACUAAGAUCACGGCUGGAUUAAAUGAAUUUCAUGGAUCUCUUCCACCCAAUAUGUUCAACACCCUCUCCAAUCUUCAAUAUUUAGCAAUUGGAGGAAAUCAACUAUCAGGUAAAAUCCCUACUUCCCUUGCAAAUGCUUCUGCUAUACAAAUACUAGACUUAUCUCGACAAAACAAAUUGGUCGGACAAGUUCCAAGUCUAGGAAAGUUAUAUGAUCUUCAAGUGCUAAGUCUAGAAGUAAACAGUUUAGGUGACAAUUCAACUGAAGAUUUGAAGUUUCUAAAAACUUUGACAAACUCUAGUAAACUAAGAGUGCUUUCUAUAUCUACUAAUAAAUUUGGAGGUAACUUGCCAAAUUUAGUAGGAAAUUUAUCCACUCGACUUAGUCAACUAUAUCUUGGGGGUAACCAGAUAUCAGGAAAAAUUCCAGCAGAAUUAGGAAAUCUAAAUGGCUUAAUUCUCUUGAGUAUGGACCUUAACCAUUUUGAGGGAGUUAUUCCUACUACAUUUGGGAAGCUUGAGAGAAUGCAAAAAUUAGUAUUGGACGGAAAUAAGCUGUCGGGAGAGUUACCACCCAUCAUAGGCAACCUCAGUCAAUUAUAUUUCUUGAGUUUAAGAGAUAAUAUGUUAGAAGGAAACAUUCCUUCAAGCAUAAGUAAUUGCCAAAAUCUACAAUACCUAGACCUUUCACAAAACACUCUUAGAGGAACCAUACCCUUAGAGGUCUUUAGUCUUUCCUCUUUAACAAACUUGCUCAACUUGUCAAAAAACUCGUUGAAUGGUAGCUUACCGAGUGAAGUGGGUAGGCUAAAAAGUAUCAACAAGUUGGAUGUCUCAGAGAAUCAUCUAUCUGGUGACAUUCCUGUAGCCAUUGGUGAAUGCAUAAGCUUAGAAUACCUCUUUUUUCAAGGGAACUCCUUCAAUGGAACCAUACCAUCCUCUUUGGCUUCACUAAAAGGUCUUCAAUACUUAGACUUGUCAAGAAAUCAGUUGUCUGGACCGAUUCCUAAUGUCCUACGGAAUAUAUCAGGUUUAGUAUACUUGAAUGUUUCGUUUAACAUGUUGGAAGGUGAGGUACCAACAGAAGGAGUCUUUGGAAAUGUAAGUGAGUUAGAUACGACUGGAAACAAUAAGCUUUGUGGAGGUAUUUCAGAGUUUCAUCUACAACCAUGCCAUGUCAAAGGUAAGAAAUCUGCAAAACAUCACAAAACCAUGCUGAUAGCAGUGAUAGUUAGUGUGGUAUCUAUUCUUCUCGCGAUGACAGCAACUAUCAUAACUAUUUAUUUGAUGAGGACUCAGAACAAGAAACAAUACUCUGACUCACCAACAAUUGACACGCUAGCCAAGGUUUCAUACAAAGAGCUUCACCAAGGAACUGAUGGUUUUUCUGCUAGAAACUUGGUUGGAUCAGGAAAUUUUGGAUCUGUGUACAAAGGAAAUAUUUUAUCACAAGAUAAAUAUGUUGCCAUAAAGGUCCUAAAUCUUCAAAAGAAGGGAGCUCAAAAAAGUUUCAUUACUGAAUGUAAUGCACUUAAAAAUAUGAGACAUCGAAAUCUGGUUAAAGUUUUGACAUGUUGUUCAAGUACAGAUUACAAAGGUCAAGAGUUUAAGGCUUUGGUGUUUGAAUACAUGAGCAAUGGAAGCUUAGAACAAUGGCUACAUCCCGGGAUAACGAAUACAGAAAAUCAAAGAAUGUUGAACCUUGAUCAAAGAUUGAAUAUCAUUGUCGGCAUUGCUUCUGUAUUACAUUAUCUUCAUUAUGAAUGUGAGAAAUCAGUCAUUCAUUGUGAUGUAAAGCCAAGCAAUGUCCUUCUUGACGAUGACAUGGUUGCUCGCGUGAGUGAUUUUGGCAUAGCAAGACUUGUUUUAGCCGUUGACGGUACCUCUCACAAAGAAACUAGUACAAUUGGAAUUAAAGGGACGGUUGGUUAUGCUCCUCCAGAGUAUGGAAUGGGUUCCGAAAUAUCCACUUGUGGUGACAUGUAUAGCUUCGGGGUGCUUGUGUUGGAAAUGCUUACCGGAAGAAGACCAACAGACGAGACGUUUGAAGAUGGUCAAAAUCUUCAUAUGUUUGUUAAAAACUCACUUCCUAGUAAUCUAAUACAAAUUUUGGACUCACAUCUUGCGCCGAGAAAUGUAGAAGCAAAUAUAGAAGAAGAUGGAAACAGUGGGAAUUUGACUCCAACUGUAGAGAAAUGCUUGGUUUCACUUUUUCAGAUUGGACUUGCUUGUUCACUGGAAUCACCAAAAGAAAGGAUGAAUAUAGUGGAUGUCACCAGAGAGUUAAGCAUUAUCAAAAAGGACUUCUUUAGGAAAUAG